AUGGUACGAAUGUACAAGCCCGGCAAGGUCGCAAUAGUCCGGAAGGCCGUGAUGCCAGAAAGAAGGUUGUACUUAUCAAGCAGCUGGAUGGUCGAUGAAGGAUCGAACGAGCACCCGUUCCCGCACGCAAUAGUUGCUGGCAUCGAGCGCUACCCAAAAGGCGUAUUGAAAACCUUAUGCUUGUAA